GGGUACGCGGCCAAAACAGCCGUACCCAUGCAACAGAGCUUUUCACAGUUCUAAGGGGAGCUACACUAGAUUGAACGCAAAACAGUGUUUCAUUGGUAGCAACAGCAAUUGCAUCGUCAAAAGCUAUAUCCAUCAAUGUCUCUUUCUGUGAAACUUGCACCACAUUUCAAUUCAACACUCUUCUCCCAUCCCCAUUUUCACCAGAGAAAGGGUGGUUCCCUUUUUGAGUUCUGUCACUUGGCUAAGCUGAAUGACAAUACCCAUUUGCGUCUCAUUGCCUAUACAAGAGCUUGCUCAAGUUAUAGCAAUGACAAUACACAUGAGCUAUCAGAUGCAAGCAACAAUGAAGGCGAAAGCGAAGAGAGUAAAAAAGGGAAUUCACUGACAAACAAUGAGACCCUGAAGAAAUUGAGGAGAUAUGGUGUUUCUGGAAUCCUUUCCUAUGGACUUUUGAACACUGCAUACUAUCUCACAACGUUUCUUGUUGUUUGGCUUUACAUUGCUCCAGCACCUGGAAAGAUGGGUUAUCUUGCAGCUGCAGAAAGAUUUCUCAAAGUGAUGGCAAUGGUGUGGGCUGGUAGUCAAGUCACUAAACUUGUGAGAGCUGGAGGAGCACUGGCCCUGGCACCUUUUGUUGACCGAGGAUUGACCUGGUUUACUAAUAAGUUUAAGUUUCAAUCACAGGGGAAGGCUUUCAUGACAAUAGUGGGAUUCUGCUGUGGAUUGGCCCUCAUUGUGUUUUUGGUCAUCACUCUGCUUUGGGCAUGAUGCCAUUUUGCUACCUAUUUGAGUGUACAUCCAAAUAUGAAACACAAAAGUGUGGUCCUGAUAAAUUAGAAUUGUCCAAUUUUUAUGAUAUAGAUUAUGGUAUGGUUGGUACAUGACAGGUUUUUCUCCAGUGUUAGUUUGGCUCUAGACAGACUUGCCUGUUCAGUUUUCAACUCUUUCUCCUCCUCCCUUUUAUUUUUUCAGCUAGUCUCAGUGACGUUGUGUUUGCAUUACAUUAUUUUGGUUUCGGAUCCUCUAAAGCGAGAAAGCAACAUUAGAUGGUAAAAUAAGCUGUCACAAUUGUUGAUUGAGAAAUUACUAGUUGAGAUUCAAACA